CACUCUUAAAAUCCAAAUACUCUUCGUCCUUUGGAAAAUAAUUCAAACGGUCCAUCCACUAUUAUAUUCCAACACAAUCAAUAUCUUUCGCUUCAUUACCUUUGCAGAUCAAGCAAUACGCGGUGACUUUUUUCAAUUUCCAGUGACAAUUCGGCAUUUUUUUCUUGAUUAUUUAAGGUCCUUCUUAUGCUUCAGUACUUAUUGAUCUGCUUCAUUUUGAAAGAAUUUUGGUGGUGAAUUCUAUGAAAACAUAUAUUCUGGAUUCAGUGAUUUCAUUUGGAAAGAAUUGGCUAGUGAAGAACUUCGCUAUUUCAUUUAGUUAGUUGGGUUGCUUGUGAGUAUAGUUUUAUGAGGGUUUUACUUCAAAUGUGUAUCGGGACUCGUUGAAGAUAACUGCUUUUAUUUGGAGGGUUUAGAAAAAGAGAAUUAGUGAAAAAUGGGAUCAGAGAAUGGGUUUUACUCUGGAGCAGAAUUUAAUUUGGAACCCAAAUGGUCGGUGGAUCCGAAACUUCUGUUUGUUGGUCCGAAGAUUGGAGAAGGGGCUCAUGCUAAAGUGUACGAGGGAAAAUACAAAAACCAGAAUGUGGCUAUCAAAAUUGUUUACAAAGGGGACACACCAGAAGAGAUUGCCAAGAGGGAGGCCCGAUUUUCUAGAGAAGUUGCAAUGUUAUCUAAAGUCCAACACAAGAACAUGGUUAAGGUUGUGCAUUACAGAAUUAAGAUUUUAGGUGCCGAGUGUCUGGCGGAAAGAGCCAUUCUCGUGUCACUCUUUCCUUCACUAAAACUAUCUAAUCUGUUAGUUUUCUUUUAUCCAGAAAACUUGCUUUUGACAGCAGACCAUAAAACUGUUAAACUGGCGGAUUUUGGUUUGGCAAGAGAAGAAUCAUUGACAGAGAUGAUGACUGCCGAGACCGGAACCUAUCGCUGGAUGGCUCCAGAACUCUAUAGCACAGUCACCCUUCGGCAUGGAGAGAAGAAGCAUUAUAACCAUAAGGUGGACGCUUACAGUUUUGCAAUUGUGUUGUGGGAGCUCAUACAUAAUAAGUUACCUUUCGAAGGCAUGUCAAAUUUGCAGGCCGCCUAUGCAGCUGCUUUUAAAAAUGUAAGGCCAAACGCUGAUGAUCUUCCAGAGGAUUUGGCUUCAAUCGUGACUUCAUGCUGGAAGGAGGAUCCAAAUGAGCGUCCGAACUUCAAUCAGAUAGUACAGAUGCUUUUGCACUCUCUCUCAAGGAUUUCACCACCUCAACCUGUUGAACCACCCAAGAUUUUCACUUCUGAGAAUGUUGUCUUCCCACCAGCAUCUCCAGGCACAAGCGCCUUGAUGGCAGGGAGAGAUGACAAUAGUGAUACACCAAUGGAAAACAACUCAAGGGGACUCUUCUCUUGUUUUCACCGGUGCUUCUAAUCUCUAUACAAUAUUGAUCAAGACUAGACAAAAUUAGUGGGCAAAUUUUAGUUUAUUUUUCUUAUUUAAAACUGCCGUUCGAGAUAAUGGAGUUUAGGUUGCUGUGAUGUAAGGUAGCUGUAAAAUAAGGUCCAUCCAAAGGCCUUUACUCCAUUAAUUUGUUAGACGUCAUUAUGAAUAACCAAUUAUAGUGCCAUUUGCACUCAAUGCAACUGGGAACGGAACCUUCUUGAUA